UUUUAUUUGUAUGCGUAGUAAUAUAUAUUGUGUUUUUUUAUCAAAAGAGAGCCGAAUUAUUUGUGUUGAGUGAUUUCAUUGGAGCACAAAAUUGAAUUUUUCUUCUUACAAAAUAAUUUCAAAGAGAGCUUCAGAUUAAAUACAACUGUAUUCAAGUCAGUUAGACUUUGUAACAAUUACUUUCAAUCACUAGAAAAUUUAAUUUCAAAUUUUUGAAGAUAAAAAAGCGAGCAUAAGAUGUCGGCUAUAACAAAAGGUGUUUUCAUUGUUGGAGCAAAACGAACUGCCUUUGGUACGUUUGGUGGAACAUUUAAAAAUGUAACUGGAACCCAAUUACAGGUGCAUGCAUGCAAAGCAACACUUGAAGCAGCUGGCGUCCGGGCCGAUCAAGUUGAUUCAGUGAUCAUUGGCAAUGUUUUGGUCUCAUCACAAUCGGAUGGAAUCUACCUGCCACGUCAUACAUCAUUAUUGUGUGGUGUUCCAAUUGAUCGUCCGGCAUUAGGUGUGAAUCGUUUGUGUGGUUCCGGGUUUCAGUCGAUUGUAAAUGGUGCCCAAGAUAUUAUCCUUGGCGCAGCCAAAAUUGCUCUUACAGGUGGCGUUGAUAAUAUGACACAAGCGCCGUUCAUUGUACGUAAUGUACGUUUUGGUGCGGCUCUAGGUGUUCCCAAUGCAUUUGAAGACAGUCUCUGGGCUGGUUUAACAGACUCCUACUGCAAAUUCCCAAUGGCUAUAACUGCCGAAAAUCUGGCAGUUAAACACAAAAUUUCUCGUGAUAAAGUUGAUGAGUUUGCAUUGCGUUCGCAAAGACUAUGGAAAGAAGCAAACGAUCAAGGUGUUUUCAAGACCGAAAUUGCACCAUUCCCAGUAAAGGUCAAAGGAAAAGAAGUUGCGUUCGCUGUCGAUGAACAUCCAAAACCUCAAGCCACCGUUGAAGGUCUUGCAAAAUUGAAACCAGUAUUUAAAAAGGAUGGUGUUGUAACUGCUGGAAAUGCUUCUGGCAUUUGUGAUGGUGCUGCAUCGGUUUUGGUUGCAUCUGAAGAGGCUGUAACAGCAAACAAUCUUAAACCAUUGGCCCGAUUAGUUGCAUACUCAACCGUUGGUGUACCACCAGAAAUUAUGGGCAUUGGUCCAGUUCCUGCCAUUCAAAAUGUGCUCAAAGUAGCUGGAUUGACAUUGAAUGAUAUUGAUUUGGUUGAAAUCAAUGAAGCAUUCAGUGUACAAACACUGGCCUGUGCCGAGUCACUUGAUUUAGACAUCAAUAAAUUAAAUGUAAAUGGAGGUGCAAUCGCUCUUGGUCAUCCGCUAGCCGCUUCUGGCUCAAGAAUAACUGGUCACUUAGUGCAUGAAUUGAAGCGCAAAGGAUUGAAACGAGCUGUUGGUGCGGCUUGUAUUGGUGGCGGACAAGGCAUUGCAGUUCUUCUUGAAGCUGUUUAAUUUCAUGCCAAAUCCAAUUCUAUUUUGUUACAGAGAAAAUGAAUAAAUAAAUAAAAAAAAUCUUCUUAAUUGA